GAUAGCGAUAUAGUAAUGUCAAUAUUAGAUAAACACAAAAAAAAAUCGUUCUCCUAGUUAUUAACAUGCAGUUUUCACGAAUAGGACGUUUUAAACCAAUCUUCUUGCGCAACCGUCUUCAUAAUAACCAUUAUGUUACUAACACAAAACCAGAACUUGCUGAUGGCAACCCCCGUACAACGCCACAAGAAGUAAUUGCGCCGAAAAUCUCAACAGUCAAUCCGAGAAAUGAGCAACCUCGACUCAUUGAUGUCGGUUUUAACACCAGUCCGCUGACAAAUAAAAAUGUGGAUCCGUUUCAUCACGUAGUGAACUUGGAUUCGGUCCCAAAAUAUGACCCUUCUCAAUAUUUAUCGUUUGACGCCAUGCCUGGUCCCAAAUUGGUGAGAUAUUGUGCUAAACUUUGGAAUAUUAUCCCACUGACACGUAAUCAAGAUCGAUCCAUUAAACAAGUACUUAGAGCUGAUUAUUUAUAUGGUUAUUUAAACUGGUACAAUAGCAUUCCGUUGUUCAAACGAAUGGUGCAAGAAUAUGGUGCAGUCUUACGAAUACAAGGGCCAUUCGGUGGAGAUCUUGUGAUAAUGUUGCUUUUGGAAGAUGCAAUAAAAUUAAGUCAAAAAGAAGGCCCGCAUCCUAUUCGCUUCUGUUUUCAUAGUCUUCGACAUUAUCGUUUGAAAAACAAGCAGUAUCAACAUCCUGGCCCAUUUUUCAGUUGUGGGGUCGAAUGGAAAAAAAUGCGUGACAUUUUGGACGGAACUUUGCAAGUGGUUGUUCCUCGCCAAAUUGCUACCGUAAAAAACGCUUCAAAAGAGUUCGUGCAGCGUAUUGCACAAAUUCGUAACAGGCAAGAUGAAGUUCCGAUCACUUUUAAUACCGAAAUUGAUAAAUGGAGCCUUGAGUGUGUUUGCGCGUUGCUUUUUAAUAAACGUUGUGGAUUUCUGGAAACCUCUAGCUUAAGUGCGUCUUCUGAAUCUGAUCGAAUCUUAGGCGCUGUAACUGGAUUGAUAGACGCGAUCAGACGUUGCGAGUUUGGUGUACCGUUAUGGAAACUGAUGGGAACUCCUGCUUGGAAAAAACUAGUGAUGCACUCGGAUACCUUAGAGUCCGCUGUAAAUAAAUAUGUUUCUAAGGCAAAAGAAUCGUUGCGUCAAACGAAACCGGCUCCAGAAAAAGAAUCCUUCUUAGAAAUGCUUCUCACAAAUGAAAAUGUGUCGACAGAAAAUGCACUAACGACUCUUCUUGAUAUGCUCCUGAUAGGUGUACAUUCAUUAUCUCACGCGGUCGGCUUCUUACUUUAUCACUUAUCUAUCAACCCAAAUGUGCAAAAAAAACUAUACAAAGAAGUAUGUGCAGAAGAGGACUUGCAGAAGAUGUCUUUCAUGCGAGUUUGCAUUAGAGAGAGUUUACGUUUGAAGCAGCCCAUACCCGUUUUAAAUCGUGUUCUUGCCAAAGACACAAUUAUCCGAAAUUAUUACGUGCCAAAAGGUACAUCCGUACUUAUCAGCACCCAGUUAUAUGGAAUAAAGCAGGAGUACUUCGAGAAUGCGCUACAGUUUAAACCAGACCGUUGGUUAAAUGAUGAAAUGAAAUUGGGUGGUUAUGAUUUAAAUUCAUUACCCUAUGGUGUUGGUGGGCGAGCUUGCUUUGCCCAACAGUUGGUCGAGAUGCAGUUGUCUUCCCUUCUGGCAGAGAUAAUUCGGAAAUACAGAGUGGAAUAUCAUUAUGGAGUAAUCAAAAGCACAAGUACAAUGUUAGCGGCACCAAAUGGUCCUUUAAGGUUUACGUUUAUUGAUAGAGAAUAAUUUUUGUUCUUGUUGUGUUAGGAACCUUUUUAGAAA